AUGGCAACAUCAAAUAAAAAAUCAUCCACAUCGCAUGAUGCUAGUACCGAUACUGAUGAUGAUAUACAAUAUGAUUCUGAUUCAUCAAAAGAUCAAGUAAAUAAUACCAAUGACAUAUCAUCAUCGUCAACAAAUUUAUCUUCAAAACAUCGAGGAACAAAACGUUUAAGUAACAAAAUGAAACCAUGUCUUGUACAUAGAACAUCAACAAGUGAUGAAGAAUUACAAACUCAAUUAAUAUCACGUAUUAAUGAACAACCAACACACGGAAUUCUGAAAGUCUCAAGUGGUAUAAAGAAUAAAACUUUCAUUUUUUUUCUCUUAAAUAAUAACCUGUCAUUUCCAGAGUCAACAAGUCCUGAAUUACAAAUGCCAGAAGAACCUAAAAAAACUCGUACAAAAUCGAAAUCUAUUUCACCUACACCACCACGUGAUACAUCAUCUGUGAUUGUUGGUGCUGCUGCUGCUACUGCUGCUGCUGCAAAUCAUCAUCAUCACCACCAUCAUCAUCAUCAUCAUCAUUCUCGUAAUCGACAUAAAAAUGUGCAAUCAUCAAAUUUAACUGUUGAUAUUCGUCAAUAUGAAGAAAAUCGAUCAACAUUAAAUCGUGUUAUAAAAAAUAAAAAACUUCAAGAACAAACAAUUGUUUCAUCAUCAGCCAUAGGUACGACAGCUGCAAAUUCUGAUCGUGUAACACUUGUUGUUGAUGAAACACGGUUUGUUAUUGAUCCACAAUUAUUUCGUGCACAUACAAAUACAAUGCUGGGAAGAAUGUUUAGUACAUCAUGGGAAACAUCACUUGUAGCAAAUGAAAGAGGAGAAUAUGAAAUUGCAAAUGGAAUAUCUGCAACAAUAUUUCGAGCUUUAUUAGAUUUUUAUAGUAUCGGCACGAUACGUUGCCCACCUUCGGUUAGCAUUCAAGAUCUUCGUGAAGCUUGUGAUUAUUUUCUAAUACCAUUCGAUCAAUUAACAAUACAAUGUCAAGAUUUAUGUGGAUUAUUACAUGAAUUAUCUAAUGAUGGUGCAAAGAAACAAUUCGAAGUUUUUCUCGAAAAAAAUAUUUUUCCGGUUCUUGUUGAAUCGGCUCAACGUGGUGAUCGUGAAUGUCAAAUAGUCAUUUUAUGUGAUGAUGAUUUAAUUGAAUGGGAUGAUGAUUAUCCACCACAACUCGGUCAAGAAGAAGAUAAAGCUCAAAUUAUACGUUCGACAUCAAUGUAUCGAUUUUUUAAAUAUAUUGAAAAUCGAGAAGUAGCCAAAUUGGUGCUGAAAGAUCGUGGUUUAAAGAAAAUUCGAAUGGGUAUUGAAGGUUAUCCAACUCAUAAAGAAAAAGUUCGUUGUCGUCCACGUGCAAGACCUGAAGCAAUUUAUAGUUAUAUUCAACGACCAUUUCUUCGUUUGUCAUGGGAAAAAGAAGAAGCAAAAUCACGUCAUGUGGAUUUUCAAUGUGUUCGUAGUCGUUCGGUGAACAGUCUUUUUGAUUCUAAUGAUGAUAAUACUAAUACAAAUAAUACAUUACUAUUACCAUUUCUGGAAGCAGCUCAAAAUCAAGUGAUCCCUCCUCCACCAUCACCUCGAGAACUUUUUCCUGCUAUACCACCAUAUUCUUCAUCGGGAAUGACUGGUGAUACAUUCUAUACUGAUUAA